CAGUGACUACUAGGCGAGCAAUGGCGGCCAAAAAUCAAUUUUGAAUUCUGACAGAUGAUUGUUUGUCGCAGUAAUAUUUAAUAAAAUAAAUAUAAAAUGCUACGCGUACAUUACUAUGUUUUAUGUUUAAAUUGUUAUGAAUAAGGCGGAGGUGACAUUAGUUUGUGCAUAUUGUUAUAUUUCGUGAAUAAGUCAUUGCAUACUAGUUAUUGUAAUCGAUGAUGUAAGAUCAUUGAAGGUCUCUGUGCGCGUUUCAUUGUUCAUUAGUUUUUUCGUGUAUUCGUCAUGGAAGGUAAUAAUUGUGGAAUCGGUAAUCAUGAGAAGGAAGAUAAUGAAAGUAGUUCCCAUUCUUCACCCCAGGAACAUAAAUCUUUUGCCGAAUUUGCGAAAGAUAAAUUGGAUAGCGCUGGUAGAGAACUACGCAGACGUUUACCAAUGGCAGGGCAACUGGGUGCUCAUUUGAUGCAUCCAAGACGAUUAUUGCUACACUCAACUCCUACGCAACAAACUGAUGUUGUGCUCAUUUUUCCUAAAGGUCUCCCAGACAGUAUGCUACUAUGGUUGCUGCAAAAGUUGCGCGGGAGUCGACCCCGAUUACGCGUAUGCGUUCGUCAACAUGCUUCCUCACAAUGCUCUGCUUUUUAUAUAACUGCUGAUGAUGAAGUACUUUUGCAAACAGCUGAAGAAGUCCAUUUGCCAAAGUUGCUGAAACCAGAAUUUGGUGGCGGAUAUAAGGAAUUCACUGUUCGGGAUAUGCAUUGUUUUCAAAAGGGUACAACAGCUGCAGAUUUGUUAAGCUCCCAAGAGCGCGGAGCGUUGGUGAAACACGUGCUCGAAUCGGCACGCGCCGAGCCCGGGGACGAGCACGCACUCGAACCGGCACUCACUCUGCGACCUGGACAAAGUAUCGUUCCAGCCUGCGUAAGUCGUGGUGUAGUUGCUGGAAUGUUCCCACUUCAUGAGCGCACGGCUCUAGAAAACCUUCGGAAAAAAUGGGUUAAGACAUUAUUCUCACCUCAGCCUUUGGACGAAAUAAGCGAAUAUUUCGGUGUGAAGAUAGCAAUGUAUUUCGCUUGGCUGGGACAUUACACUCAGUCGCUAACAGUUCCUGCUGUUGUUGGGUUUAUAUUUUGGGUUUGGUUGGGAACAGCGAAUGAUUACUGGAAAGAUAUAGCUUAUGUCUUAUUUUCACUGUUCAACGUUCUUUGGGCCUGCGUUUAUUUGGAGACUUGGAAAAGAUACUCAAAUGUCUUGGCAUAUAGAUGGGGGACUUUGGACCAAAGGGAUGAAUGGCUCGUCGAACCGCGACCUUUAUUUCAGGGCGAGAUGGGUACGAGCGAGGUGACGGGGCGGCCCGAGCCGCAGUACGCGGCGUGGCGCCGGCGCGUGUGGCGCCACGCCGUGUCGCUGCCGCUCAUGCUGCUGUGUCUCGCCGUCGCCGGCCUGGCCACCUUCGCGCUGCUGAGGACGCAGGAUUGGUGGGAAGAUACGAUAUUUUACUUCAGUUGGAUACCACGCGCUUUUUUGGCGAUACUUAUUGCAGUCGAAGAAGAAGUUUAUGCACGAAUCGCGAAAUGGCUUAACGAUAAAGAAAACUAUCGACUCGAGACAAAGUAUGAAAAUCAUCUGAUUCUGAAAAUAGCAUUGUUUCAAUUUGUGAAUUCAUUCAUGAGUUUGUUCUACAUUGCGUUCUACCUUCAGGAUAUGGAUAAAUUGAAAGAGCAACUAGCUGUACUGCUCAUAACGCGACAAAUAAUUGGAAACUUAAAAGAGUCCGCCCUACCAUAUCUCAUCGAGAACCUCAGGCUGGCGAAGAUUUGUUUCGAUGUUUUCGGUGCUUUAAGUCCCAGCAAAAUUCCGACGUCCGCUGAAUUGAACGAGUUAUUCGAAAAGAGAACAUCGUCAUCUGGUGAACCGCCAGAAAUGUUGAUAAACGGCGGUACCGAGAAGGAAAAACAUGACAGGCGAGACUCGGAAACGCUCGUCGGACAGAAGAUUAUACAUCAAGCGGAACUCGAGUCUCAGCUGUUUAAGUACGAGGGCACGUUCGCGGAGUACCUGGAGAUGCUGACGCAGCUGGGCCACGUGGUGCUGUUCUCGGCGGCCUUCCCGCUGGCGGCGCUGUGCGCGCUGCUCAACAACGCGUGCGAGGUGCGCGCCGACGCCUUCAAGCUGUGCCACGUGGCGCAGCGGCCCUUCGGCGAGCGCGUCAGCAGCGUCGGCAGCUGGCAGCACGCCAUGGAGGCCAUGGUGGCGGUGGCGGUGCUGGUCAACUGCGCGCUCAUCGGGCUGUCGGGCCCCGUGCACCGCCUGCUGCCCGACGUCACGCCCGCGCAGACCAUCCUCGUCAUAGUGGCGCUCGAGCAUGUAGUGUUAGUGAUAGUACUCUGUCUGCGGAUCGCUAUCCCGGAGAUCCCGGGCUGGUUGGCCACUGAAAUGGCUAAAACGGAGUUCCAAAGGAGGGAAGCUAUUAAAAAUGCACAUGCACCACUAUUGUCGGACGGCACGAGCCAGGACGACGUGCGCGCGCCGAGCCGCGCCACGCCGCGCACGGCCACGCCCACCACGCCCAAGCAGAGCGACAAGCCCGUCGACAAGAAGCGCAUCAACAUCGGCAAGAUACCCGAGAUCCCGCCGUUCAGACCUAAGGCAGCUUCUGUAACUGAGCCGGCGGUCACAACGGGGUCCUUACAAAUGCUACAAGAUGUUAGUCCGACGAAACCCAUACGGCGUAAGGAAGGUACGCCAGGCGCCCCGCUGUCUCUUCUCGGAGUACGCGGCUUGAGAGACGAACCUCUUCACAGAUCUGCUCACUGCAUUCCGCAUCCCACUCAGCAUAGACCUUUAGUCAAUCCAACGCUGCAGGAGCUUUCGGGAAGCGUCAGCGCAGGUGGUUCAGAGCCCGACUUAAAUGCGGUACCAUCGACGGCACCAUCCAUGGACACUAGCGCCACUUCCAGUGAGGACGAUAAACCUAAGGACAAGAGCAGCCGCUCGCGCGCGCGCGCGGCGCUGGUGAAGCGCGUGCGCUCCGUGGCCGUGUUCUCGCUGGGCCUGCGCAAGGCGCGCGAGGCGGCCGCCGCGGCCGACAAGCACUCGCCGCACACCCCCGAGCGGCCCCACACCACGCCCGGGCCCCCGGCUCCGAUGCUGGGAGGCGAGCUGUCGCUGAUACCGAUCGAGCAGCUCAUACAGGUGGAGGAUGUCAAGCCUCGCCCUUCGAUACAAGUGGAAGAAGUCCGGACUCGGCCGUCGACAUGAGUAUUUGUCGAAUAUAAUUUUGAUGAGUCGUCCUGUUUUUGAUUAUGUUUAAAAUAGGUCUGUUAACGCACAACAGUUAUGCGUUAAUUCAUUGCAAAAAAUGUAUCGGUUACACCUUUAAUAUGAAUUAGGUUUAUGAUUUAAUUUUAACUGAUACUUUCAAUUGUAAUCAUAGGGUUAUCUCGUAUCGUACUAAAAUUACCAAAGGAAACCCCGGCAUUUGGGUCGUUAAGUGAUGUCUAAAAAUAAUUUAAAUUCAAGUCUAACAAAAAAUCGGGACAUUGUUACCAUUAUUAAUAACAGUAAUUAUUUUAUCAAGAUUUAAAAACAGCAAUGUAAAGGUUGAAACAUUUUAAAACUCUAUAGGAGUAAAGAUAAACAAACCAUAGAUUUUUAUAUUCCAAGCGAUUUACCGUUUAGCUCUGCUAUAUUAUGCACAACAAACAGUUCUUCAUUAACAUAUCUUUCGAUACAAUACAACACAAUUCCAAUUCAAAGUUUUCAUCCACUUUAAUUUUAUAUCCGAAAAAUCCGAUAACCAUUUCGCCGAUAUUCAAAACGCCCCUUUUUCGUGACCUCGACCAAUGCUAUCGUGUCGAUUCAACGUCAAAAGUUGUUUAUUUUGCUUUACUCCUAUUGUGAUUGAAUAUAUAAAAAAAUGUAUUUUCAGUGACAUUCUCGUGUAGAUUAUGUAUCUUAAGUGCAGAACUAAUUUUGAUAUUUAUUCAAAGAUUUUGGGGCUUGUGUCAUCAGAAAGUGUGACGAUACAUUUUUUAAACGAUUUGCCUUUUAAAAUACAAGUAUUGGGGAUAUUCAAGAUAAUACAUAGUAUGUGUUUAUUUUAUGUGAUAACAAGUCCUUCGUCAGCUUUCAAAUAAAAUGUUAUGCAUUUAGUACAAAAUAUUUGUAUUGUUGAAAAAAUCCUUUCGGAGUUUUCAUAUUGAAAUACGCAUGUUAUAUAUAAGAUGGGUAAUAUCGGUGAUUAACUUUACCGAACUAUGUCGAACAAAUGGACAAAAUAUGGUGUUGUGUAUCAAAUGAAAUUUUGGACAUUUUUAACAUUUUGUAAGAAUUUUUCGAUGUUGUUGAUAUCUUCGUUUCAAAUGCAAUUGUUGUAACGCAAUUUGUUUCUCGAAGCUUCCAUGUUCAAUAAGCAAUCGUCUGACAAUAAGUUGAAAAUUGUGUAUGUCCAUCGUUUGUCUUUAUCCGACCAGAGGAAAUAAUUGUUCGAGUAACUAUACUUUCUAACGUCGGUUAAAAUAAAGUGAUUAGUUUUUGUCUCUCGUGAGAUAUAAACGAACAACGAAUUGUUCUUUUGUUUUCAUUGUGGUUAUUUGAAGAUGAAAUUACGUUUUCUUAAAUGACUCCAGGUUGCAAGGAGGUUAAAUAUCAGUAUAAUAAGUAACUAAGUUAUCGUGAAUGGUACAGUAUUAUUUCUCAAGAUAAUAGUAUAAAAAAUUUGGUCAUUUUGACCAUAGAUUUUCUUCGAGAGUUAUAUUUUGUCUGGUCGGAAGAUUUUCUUGAUUUAUCUAUCUGUGUAAUACCGCUAGAUUCACUUCACUCGUGUCGUUGUCUGUAGGAUAGUUAUAAAAUAAGAAAAAGUCUGUUAAAAGUUUCUAGAAAAGUACCUAACGAAUUUGAUAUUAGUUUUAUUUCAGUUUUUAGGCUUUAUUAUGAACUUUUGGGAAGUGUUUACAUUUUAGUUUAAUUUGUUUAAAUUGAAUUUUUAAAUUUGGCUGAUUUUUUUUAACGAUUAUAAUAUUUUGACUACGACCUUAUUAUACAUUUUGGUUUAAAAGUUUCGUUUAUGAUUGCUCAACAAAAAUUAUACAAAUACUGUCAAUUAAUACGAGAGGAGUUUCCCCGAGUUAUUUUUCGAAGUCAAAUACAAACUUUUUAAAAUCUAGAAUUCUCUAUAGUUUCAAUAUAUUUAGUUGUCAAUCGAUGUUGAUUAGCAAUACAUUACAAAAGUAUUGUAACUUUAAUUGUUUAGGUUUAGUUUAGAAUUGUUAUUAAUAUAUUUAACACUAACAUUAAAAAAUAAAACUGCAGUAUCUACUUCUUGCAUAAAUAUUCUUGUAUUGCUAUGAAAAAGAGCUAUUAAUUAAUGUUCAUUAAAAAUAUUCAUUUUCUUCUGUUUAUUAUCAAAAUUAUUUAUCUGUAUGAAGUUAUGACAGAUGGAUUGUGUUUUCUCCAUUUUCUGUUUGAAAUCGUUUUUUUUGGAUCAUUAAAAUACAAAUAUUUUUUAGUACAGUCCGGUCAAACUUUACAUUUCAUAUAGCAAUACUUUAUUCCAUGCAACAGUAGACAUUGCAGCGAUAUUAUAGUAACUAAUAUUGAGAGAAAUAGUAUAGUACUUGGUUUAUGGUCGAUUAGUUUCAGCUUACAUGCCUUAUAGUUAUUUUAGCAUUAGAAAAGUAUUAAAUUGAAAUAUCUAAAAAAUAUAUUUAAUUCGCUAUAAGAAAAAUCAUAUAUAUAUAUAAUAUUUGCGUCCAUCUUCAGUUUCAAAUAUAAUGGGCUCGUGUAAACUGCCCUUAAAAUUAGUAUCCGAAAAAAUCGUCAACAAUUCCUAUUUUUCUUGUUUAUGUGAGCACUGAAAGUAUUUAUUAGCGUGUUUGGAAUUCUAUUGAAAACCCUAUUUUUUUGUAAUGUGUAAGAUCGAGUAAUAAUUUUGUAUUAUUUGAAUAGUAAAAAAAAAACUUAUGUUUAAAAUAAUACACUAAGUAUUACUCGAUCCGUAUAACGGUGAUGUAAAAUGCUUUAUUAUUAGCAAUGCGAAGUAGCUAAUUAAAUAUUUGUUGUUAUGUAAUUAUUUUUUAUACGAAAUAUUGAUAAACGUUGCAUUUUUGAGUAGAAUAUAAAUUUUAUGUUUGCCUAACGGUAA